AUGAGGGGUCAUCCAUACAGGAAAGAGGAGAGUCGGUCACCACCACCUCCUACCACCACCUACCAUCUACCACCACCUCCUACCACCACCUACCAUCUACCACCACCACCUACCACCACCUACCAUCUACCACCACCUCCUACCACCACCUACCAUCUACCACCACCACCUACCACCACCUACCAUCUACCACCACCACCUACCACCACCUACCAUCUACCACCACCACCUACCACCACCUACCAUCUACCACCACCACCUACCACCACCACCUCCUACCACCACCUACCAUCUACCACCACCACCUACCACCACCUACCAUCUACCACCACCUCCUACCAUCACCUACCAUCUACCACCACCACCUACCACCACCUACCAUCUACCACCACCUACCAUCUACCACCACCAUCUACCACCACCUACCACCACCACCUACCAUCUACCAACCACCACCACCUACCAGCACCACCACCACCACCCACCACCACCUACCACCUAGCUACCACCACCACCACCACCAACAAAGACCACCACCACCUACCAUCUACCACCACCACCUACCACCACAUACCACCUACUACCACCUACCACCAGAACCACCUACCACCACCACCACACACUACCUAUCAUCACCACCUACUACCACCUACCACCACCACCACCUACAUCCACCACCUACCAGCACCACCCACCACCUAUCACUACCACCACCACCAACAAAGACCACCACCACCUACCAUCUACCACCACCACCUACCACCACCUACCACCACCAUCUACCACCACCUACCACCACCACAUAUCACCUACCACCACCACAUACCACCUACCACCAUCACAUACCACCUACCACCACCACCUACUACCACCACCACCUACCACCACCUACAUCCACCAUCUACCACCUACCACCACCACCUACCACCACCUACAUCCACCCUCACCACCUACCACUACCUACCUGUGUGUAAGUGA